GAUUCACAGUGGGGUGGGGGGGGGGUGAAGAUGAUGUCCGAUGCCAGCGAGAUGUUGGCAGCCGCCUUGGAGCAAAUGGAUGGGAUCAUAGCAGGACUAGGGUUCCCAUGCUGCUGCUCUUAGGAUGUGGCUGUGGUACUGGUCUGGGAUGUUUCCCAGUGCAGUCCUCCAAUAUGAGAAAGCAAGACGUUCCAUUGUUUCAGCAGUGAUGGAAACCAAUUAUUCUUCAAGGCCUACUGCUAGUAUGAUGUACAGGCAUUGCGUGCCUCAUCCAUGGCCUGAAGGGAGGGUGGCACGCCCAUGGGGAUGCUCCAAGGCCAUGGGCUACUCCAAUGGGCUGUUUGACUGCCAGUCGCCCACCUCUCCCUUCCUGGGAAGCCUGCGGGCGCUGCACCUGCUGGAGGACCUGCGGGCGGCGCUGGAGCUGAUGGACCAGGAUGAGAGGGAGGGCCUCCGCUGCCAGGUCCCUGACACCACCGCCGACGGCCUAGUGGAGUGGCUGCAGCAGGGUCAAUUGACCAACGGAAAUGGCUCCGCCAUGAUCUACCAGGAUCGACUGUCACGGGUGGAGAGCGAUAAGGAGUGUCUCGUCCUCCAGGUGAGUGUUCUCUCAGACCAGGUGGAGGUGCAGGGGGAGAAGAUCAGGGAUCUGGACAUGUGUCUGGAGGAGCACAGAGAGAAACUCGACGCUACUGAAGAAACGCUGCAGCAGGAGUUCUUGACCAGGUCCACCCUGGAGACCCAGAAGCUGGAGCUGAUGACCGAGGUGUCCAGUCUGAAACUGAAGCUGACCACUGUGGCGAGAGAUCGCAGGGAUAGUGAGAGAAGCUGGGAGUCUGACAGUCAGGGAUUCCAUACACCUAAUCCACGAGCACUGAGCAGGCCUGGGCUGGAGGAAUCAGGAUAUUGGAUCCUGAGUGGGUUGUACCAGGAAGUCAAUGAUCUGCGGUUCAGGGUGACCGAUAUGGAGAAUGAAAGACUGCAGUGUGAGAAGAAACUUAAAUCCACCAAAGAGGAACUGCAGACUCUUCAGAGGCAGCUGGAGGACCUGAGGAGGCUAAGAGACCAGGCUACACAGGGAGUGCUGACCUCAGACAGAACAGAUGGAGAGAAAGAUGUGGACGUGCUGAGGAUGAAGAGGGCCAUGGAUUCCCUGAUGUCAGCUUGCAAUGACAAGGACCGGAGGAUCGAGGAGCUUCAGGAGUCUAUCACACGGUACAAGAAGGUCCAGGACUUGAUGAAAGACACACUGAAUGAAGACAAUUCUGAUGACAUCCAGGAUGACAGAUCCCCCUCCAUUCAGGUCGCCAUGGAUGCAGACCAGGCCACACUGGCGGUUAGGGAGGAGACAGGAAGGAGCUGUGAUGAGAUUCCAUCUAUUGCAGUGUUUUCAGAGCUGGAGCAGGAGAGCCUGAUACAGGAACCAGACACAGACAGUCCACCAGAGGUCCCGCCACAUUCAGCAGGUAGCUUGGGCCACAUAAACAGCAACACAGAGCAGACCACAGUUGAGGUGCCCAGCCCCCCAUCAAACCCCAGCAGUAAUGAAAGCUUUGGGAACAAGAAGGCCCGCUCCUCCUUUGGACGUGGUUUCUUCAAGAUGCGUGGAGGCAAGAGGACGUCCAGUGCCCCAAAUCUGGAUCGCAGCCGGAGUGCGAGUGCGCCUACGUUGGCUGAGACCGAGCGUAAUGGCACAGACCACUUGGACUUGACUGGUGCCCCACCAGACAAACCUCAGGGAGGAGAAAGCAGCCAGACCCUACCUUCCUCACCAGAGGCCAAGAAGAAGUCCAGAGGCUUUAAGAAGUUCUUAGGCAGGCUGAAGAGAAGUCACUCCACCUCGCUAGACCUGGAGGAGACUGAGUUCAGGAGGGGAGGAGUCAGAGCCACGGCCGGCCCCCGACUGGGCUGGUCACGUGACCUGCAGCACAGCGCCAAUGAUGUGGACGCUCCCUUUGCUCAGUGGAGUAAGGAGCAGGUGUGUGUGUGGCUGCAGGAGCAGGGCCUGGGGCUGCACGUGGCUCAAGCCCAGCAGUGGAUCCGCUCAGGAUUCACCCUGCUGCAGGCCUCCCAGCAUGACCUGGAGAAGGAGUUGGGGAUCAAACAGCCCCUCCACAGGAAGAAGCUGCAGCUGGCUCUCCAGGCACUGGGAUCAGAGGAGGAUGUCAGCCAGGCCAAACUGGACCACAACUGGGUGACCAGAUGGCUUGAUGACAUUGGUCUGCCGCAGUAUAAGAGCCAGUUUGAUGAGGGGAGGGUCGAUGGGCGAAUGCUACACUACAUGACUGUGGAUGACCUGCUGUCUCUAAAAGUGGGCAGUGUUCUCCACCACCUCAGCAUCAAGAGAGCCAUCCAGGUCCUCCGGCUCAACUUCUACGAGCCCAACUGCCUCCGCCGACGGCCCUCUGACGGGAAUAACAUCACGCCAGCGGAGAUCUCCCAGUGGACCAAUCACAGAGUGAUGGAGUGGCUGAGAUCAGUGGACCUGGCUGAGUACGCUCCUAACCUGAGGGGCAGCGGUGUGCACGGGGGGGUCAUGGUGCUGGAGCCUCGCUUCAACGUGGAGUCCCUAGCCCUCCUGCUCAACAUCCCUCCCAACAAGACCCUGCUGCGCCGCCACCUGGCCACCCACUUCCACCUGCUCAUCGGCUCCGCUGCCCAGCGCAGCAAACAGGAGUGUCUGGAGAACCCUGACUACACCCUGCUCACUGCCACCGCCAAGGUCAAGCCCAGAAAGCUGUCGUUCGGUGGCUUCGGGACCCUGCGUAAGAAGCGCCAGGAGGACAGCGAGGAGUACGUGUGCCCCAUGGAUGUGGAGAUGCCCAAGAACAGCAGCUUCCAGGGGGGCCUGAGGAGCUACGAGGACGACCUGGACCAGUUGGAGCAGAUGGAAGACUCGGAAGGGGCUGUGAGGCAGAUAGGAGCAUUUUCUGAGGAAAUUGACAACCUGACGAGCAUGCUGAAGGAAGAUGAGUUCUUCAGCGAGGUCUCCUCUCGCUCCCCCGAGGCCAGUGUCACCGAUGACGACUCCAACAUGUGAGGGAGAGUCCCCGCCAAUUAAAUGUAUUAACUUUAGAUGACUGACGGGGCGCUGUUUUGCAGCCACCACACAGCCAUUUUGUUACUCCUCCAUUGUAAAAAAGAUGUUGGAAGUUAUAGAAAUGCAAUGUCUACAUUUGUUUUUGACAAGUAUAUUCUGUUAGACACCUAAUAGAAUAAAUACCUAAUUUUGUCCUUUAACAUUUUUGUGAAAUGCUGUAGAAUUCAAUUCAUUCCUAUGGAGGAGUGCUCCUUCUGAGGAGUACCAAUAUGGCCAUUUGCAUAGCAUCAGCAAUCCAGGUUUUAUACACAUCAUUGGUCCCUGCUGGUGUCGCCAUGCCAACCUAAUGAAGCGUUGUGACUGGCUCGCUUCUACAACCUGUGAGACCACUUAUGCCCUUAGACUUAAGUUGUUGUCAUUUCAACAAUUUACAAUCUCUCUCUGCAUUCCCAAGUGAAGUUAUACAUGUGUAUUUAUUUAAGUUGUUGAAAUGUAGUGCAUGAAUUGAGAUUUCAACAUAGGAGCAUUUAUUUUAUACUUCAUACUUUUAUUGUAUUGCAGAACUGGUUUUUAUAUAUUUGUUUGAAUAUCCACAAAUGAGUCCCUUACAUGGUAUGCCCUUGUCCCAACUUAUUUUUGGAAGUAAUUAUUAGCCAUUAUAUAACCUGAAAGAUUGGUCAAGUUGCAGUGGGACAUUUAGAUCUGUCAUCAGACCACAGUUGGCUGUGCUCAACUGAAGUCAAAACAUUGCAGGCUGGCUUAAUCCAGAAUUAUAAUUUCCUCUCCAUGUUGUCCUCUCAUUUGAUGCUCCUAUCUGCAUGUUUUGUUUGUGUCCCAAAUUAUUUCACUAUUAUCACUUUGGUUUGUCCUCCCAUGUUGUUGAAUUUGUCAUAAUAUCCAUGAAUCUUAGGAACAUUACAUGGAAGCCCAACCUUCUAGAUUGUAAACAUCACCACAAAGCAAUGAUAUCGUUCUGCAAGCCAUAACCAUACCAGUGAACACUGUAAUGUACUGUGUACUGUUUCUAUGCUUCUUUUUUUGUAAAGAGUUGUCAAUAAAAACUAAUCUGGUAAAAAAUGAUGGGCUACAUAUAACUGUAUAUACUAGCCCAGGCAUUCCCAAGCUGGGGUAGCACAAUGCCAUAGGGGGUACGCCAAAUAUAAAUGUGAUUCACUUCUUAAAUAAUU